CUUAUUAACGCGGACAAGGUGAAGUAGAACGAGCGAACACGUCGGUGAUUAUGUCUCCCUUACACAAGUGUCUGCUGAUUACGACGGCUGUUCUUUGCACGAGAUGUGAGAUAUGCAACGCCUACAUGCAGCGGGCAGCCGUAGAAAUCAAGAAUGGUCAUUGCACAUUUCAGGGAAGAGCUAUUCCUGUGAACCAGUCUAUUAGCCUUAAAGAUCCUUGUGAAGAAUGGACAUGUGAUCACGAAUCUAAUUCUGUGUCUAUAACUGGAUGUUCUCCAAUGGCAGCAGGAAGAGGUUGCCAGCUGGUGGACGGUAAAGGAGACUAUCCAGAUUGUUGCCCGCAGAUGCUGUGCUACUGAACUUAGAGCUAUAUGGUUUCUAGAUAUGAUGGAGGUUCCUGUGAUUCUACUCAACUGUGUACGUCAAGGCAGGCUACUGAGCAUGGUGAUUGGAAGGCUGAAUAAAAAUAU